AUGGCGAAAUUCUCUUCCUGUGAUCUACAGGAAUGGCUGUAUGGUUCAGAGAGUAUUCAGUUUAAGAAUAAAAUGUUUGAAAUACUUCGUAAUGAUAAUGUUUUUGUUCGUGAUUGGCGUAUAUUAACAAUGAAUGAAAGUCGCCAAAUAUGUAAUCAACGAUGGAAACAACUUUUAAAUUAUAAUUUUAUCAAAUUUGAUGGGCUUAAAACAAAUUCUGAAAGAUUUGUGGAUUUUACGGAAGUGCUCGAAAGCUAUGAUCAAAGUUUAGCAACAAAAUUUUAUAUCAAUGCAAUCUUUUAUAUCACAGUUUUAUCAAUGGGAACAAAUCGUCAUCAACAAAUUCUCGAGAAAUGCAUGAAUAAUGAGAUUGUUGGUUGUUUUUGUUUAACGGAAUUGUCGCAUGGCUCAGAUGUAAAUUCAAUCCGUACUGAAUGUCAUUAUGACAAAGGUCAAUUCGUAAUGCACACACCGGAUGAUGAAGCAAUGAAAUGCUGGGCCGGAAAUUUAGCUAUGAAUGCAACGCAUGCAAUUAUUUUUGCGCAACUUUACAUCAAUCAUGCAUGCUAUGGUUUGCAUGCAUUUUGCAUGCAAAUUCGUCAUUCUAAAACGAUGAAACCUUUAAAAGGUAUCACAAUAGGUGAUAUGGGUGAAAAGAUUGGUGAUUGGAAUAGUAUUGAUAAUGGUUGGAUUAAAUUUAACAAACAUCGUUUUCAUUUGAAUGCAUUAUUAAAUCGAUUUGCAACCGUUCAUCCUAAUGGAAUUUAUCAAUCAAUUUUUAAGACUAUCAAAGAGCAACAAUUAGCAAAUCUAUCAAUUCUAUCUAUUGGACGCGCAAAUGUCGUCGGAAAAGGUAUAAUGGCAAAUCGACUUGCUGUAAUUAUAGCAACACGUUAUUCAGCUAUUCGAAAACAAUUUCGUAUGGCUAAUCAAACAGAAGAACAAUCAAUUAUUGAAUAUCCGAUGCAACAGCGCCGAAUUUUUCCACAUAUUGCGACAACAAUAGCUUUGACAAUUUUUUAUCGCAAAUUUAUUUCAAUUUCUUAUAAGCAUUUUAUUUAUUGUACAAAAAAUGAAAAACUUCCAUAUGAUUUGAUGUUAUCACGAGAAAUACAUAUUCUUAGUUGUGCAGCAAAAGUAUUAUCAACAGAAGAAGGUGUUAAUGCUUUAGAUGAUGCUCGUCUUGCUUGUGGUGCAUAUGGAUUUUUGAAAAGUUCAAGAUUGAACGAUCUUCGCGAUGCUUUUGAUCCAGCACGAACUUUUGAAGGUGACAAUAAUAUUUUAAUGCAACAAGUAACUUAUGCAUUAAUUUCAUUGUAUGACGAAAAGUCUUAUGAUUGGAAUGAUUCGCCUCUUCGAAGUUUGAUAUUUUUAGCAAUGAAGCCGGAAAAAUUCUCAACCUGGAAUGAUGAUGCCUUAGAAGAUAUUGCAAAUGCCUAUGUUUGGCUGUUACACUUUCUCAUAUCAAAGGUUAAAGAUGAUAUCAGUGAUAAAAUUAACCAAGGCAUUGAUAAGCGAUUAGCACAGAGUGAACAAUACAAAAUGAUCACAUAUGCUUAUUGUGAACUAACCAUACUGAAUGAUUUCCGGAAUUCUUUACAAAAAGCUCCGGAAUCUAUCCGAGAAGUUUUACAUCGUUGUGCUCUUCUAUACGCUUAUAGCUCCAUUGAUAAGCAUAUCGCAACGUUUUACAUUGGUGGUUACUGUAAUAAUGGACAAUGGGGUAAUACGAUAAAAAAACGUUUUCGUAAAUUAGAAGCAAUGAUUCUUCCUGAUGUUAUUACAAUAUGUGAUGCUUUGUCUCUGCCGGAUUUCUUUUUACAUUCCGUAUUAGGUUUAAGUGAUGGGCAAAUUUACCAACAUCUUAUCCAAUACUUCAUGCAAUUUCCUAUUGAAUCAUCAAUUGAUAGUAGUAAUAGUGAUAAUGAUAACAAUAAUAAUAAUCAAUAA